AUGGGAUAUGUCUUCCGUGAGUGUCUGCUUGCACCUUACAACUUUGGCAUUCCCAACGAUCGACUUCGGUACUUUUUGAUGGCUCGCUUGCGAUCCAGCUUUGAUAUUUCCACAUCAGCGACACCAACAACCCAGGACAACACAGAUCCGAAGCCGGUGAAGUUUGACCCGGAGACCGAGAUCAUUUACACUUCGUGGCCACUUCCAGCAUUUGUCGAGGACCCACGGAAGAAUCAUCAGCAACAUACUUUCAUUAUACCAGAGCUGCAAAAGUUCAUGGACGAGAAUGAAAAGGAUGGAAAGGACUAUCACUUGUCGCGCCAAUUGAUCCUGGAGAGGCCAAACUUUCGAUUCGACAUCUUGCAACCAUCCUCGACCAGAUCAGCGUGCUUCACAAAGGCUUACGGCAGCCACCAUGUCGCUGGUGGCGGUAGUUUGCUUCAGACUCAAAAGAUGGACCAACAGGAAUACGACUAUAGCAACUCAGAAUCCAUUGCAGAUCUUGGGCUUCGGUUCUUGACACCAACAGAGGUUGCCCGGAUACACGUUUUCCCCUUGGACGAGAAGCAUGGAUCACAUGACCCCUUUGAGAGCACAAGCACCACAGACAAUAUCGAGUCAGGAUCACCGUCAGGACACAGUUCAGGAGAUUCAUUGACAACGGUCCGUCCUUUCAAUCCUCGCUUGGCUCAGGGACCAGAGGGACCUUUCCUGCGGUUCCCGGACAAGUUGAAGGCCCUUCAGCGAUACAAGUUGCUUGGAAACAGUCUGAACGUGUGGGUUGUUGCGGAGCUGCUCAGGGGAGUGCUGUUUGCCGAUCACCCAGGCACUCCUCGGCUGGAAUAUCAACUUGCUGAUGAUAGUGACAAUGAGAGCAACACCGCGAAGUCAGCAGCAGGAUCAAGCAAUAAUGCCGAGAGCUCAAAUGGAGGCAAGCAUGAUAUUACUAAGUCAGAGGAAGGAGUGAGCGACAAGACACAAGAUGACCUACAAGAAGACGAGUCUGCCAGGGAAGCCAAGCGUGCCCGUGUUGAUUGA